CAGGACCUGGCAGCUUUAGCAUCAGCAGCACAAGCCAGUCAUCUGGACAGCUUACAGCAGCUGGACGUGGCCUACAAUGACACUGUACCUGAUGAAGCCUGGUCCUUAUUAUUUGAGAGUGUCCCUGCUCUGAAGAACAUAGCUGAACUAGAUAUUAGCUUAAGGCCAGCUUCUGCCCGUGACUGUGGUCCAUGGUUCAUUCACUUAAUAUCCAAUAUACCUAAGCUGCCCCUGCUGAAAGAACUGGGAAUGCAGCGUUGGACUCUAUCAACAGCAGAACAGCAGCAACUCAACCGACUCUGCAAGGAAAAUAACAUCAGUAUUCACUAUGACUGA